CACACCUCAAUGCCCGCUCUCCCCCCAGGACUGGAUCCUCUUAUGUUGUGAUCCAGGCAUUGAAUUCGCAUCUUUCUGCUCGGAGGGGUUGGAUCUCCUAGCCUAGCGACUAUGGCGUACGCUCUUCGAUUUGUGUGCCUUCUGGCUCUCUGCCUAGCUGUCUCAGCUAAGGUCUACUUCGAAGAGAAGUUCGACGAUACAUGGCAGUCGAGGUGGGUAGUGUCGGACUGGAAGAAGUCGGAGGGAGCCGCGGGAGAAUGGAAGCACACCGCUGGGAAGUACCACAAGGAUCCUGAGGAUAAAGGUAUCCAGACGUACCCCGACGCCCGUUUCUUCGCCAUCUCCUCCAAGAUCGAGGAUUUCGACAACAAGGACAAGGACCUCAUUCUUCAAUUCCAAGUGAAGCAUGAGCAGGAUCUGGACUGUGGCGGUGGCUACAUCAAGCUCCUGGAAGGAGAGGUCGACCAGAGCCACUUCGGUGGCGACAUUCCUUACAGCAUCAUGUUCGGCCCGGACAUCUGUGGUUACUCUACCAAGAGGGUCCACGCCAUCAUCACCCACGAGGCCAAGAACAUGCUAAUCAAGAAGAACGUGGAGUGCGAGACCGACACCCUCUCCCACGUCUACACCUUCAUCCUGAGCCCCAACAACACCUACAAGAUCCUGAUCGACAACGUCGAGAAGUCUGGCGGCGACAUCUUUGCAGAGUGGGAUUUCCUGAAGCCUCGCCAGAUUCCCGACAAGUCCGUCAAGAAGCCCGAGGACUGGGUUGAAGACGAGUACAUGAACGAUCCCGAGGACAAUAAGCCCGAUGGCUGGGAUGACAUUCCCGCGGAGAUCGUCGAUCCCGAGGCCAAGAAGCCCGAGGACUGGAACGAUGAGGAUGAUGGUGAAUGGGAGGCUCCUCUAAUCCCCAACCCCGACUACAAGGGCGAAUGGAAGCCCAAGAGGAUUAAGAACCCCGCGUACAAGGGCAAGUGGAAGCCUCCCAUGAUCGACAACCCUGAGUACGUGGAGAAGCCCGAGGCCUACCGUCUACCAAUCCUGCGUUAUGUUGGUAUUGAGAUCUGGCAGGUGAAGGCAGGCACCAUCUUUGACAACAUUCUUGUCACUGACGAUGCUGAGUAUGCUCGCAAGUUCGCUGAGGAUACAUGGGGCGCAAUGAAGGCGGAGGAGAAAAAGAUGCAUGACGAGGCUGAGAAGUCCAAGGAGGCGGAGGAUAAGGAGGAUGAUGCUGGUGAUGAUGAUGCCGACGCGGACGAUGAGGAUGCUGAAGCAGAGGCUGCGGAGGACGCUGCUGACGCAGAGGAUGAGGAGGAGGGCAAGGCUGAGGCGGCUGACCAUGACGAGCUGUGAGCUGUUUCUGAAGAUAUGAUUUGGGGAAUGCUUGGUCGAAACAUGCCCUCAUCAUUUGUAGGCAAACAGCUCUUUCGCAAUUUGGACAUUGCUAUCUUGAGUAACGUAGUUGAGAUUUACACUCAGUAGCUGUUUUGUUAACUGCAGCAUGUCUUCAAGAAACAUCUGCUGAUUGCACAUGGUUGGUCCUACUCGUGCUCCAACGUGUACCAGUAGUAGCAAAGGAGCUCUCUAAAUGGCCAGGCAUCUUCUGUGUUCAGCCCUACCGCCAUUAGUGUAAGGAAGAAGACAACUUUGGUGAUUCUUAACUUCAGUAGGAACAUCCCCUCCAGAUGAAGUGGUAAUCAGAUUGGAUCUCAGAAACGUCACAUGCUAAUUGAAAUGUAAAAUGGUA